GACCAUGCUACACACUGUAGAAAAGACUCAGGAGAACAGAGAAAGACCUUGGAGGGUCUCACCCAAACACCAAACUACAAAUGGGCCCCGUCGCCUAGCGUUUACCCGACCAAGCCUUGCAUUUGGUGCUUUACCAUCAUCAGCACUCACUACACUUAAAAGGGCUUUCAUCUUUCCAACUUACACAUGUUUAACUCUUAGAGGACGGGUAAAAUGGCAGCAAUUCCAUCCAGCGGUUCCCUCAUCGCCACCCAUGAUUACUACCGAAGGCGCAUUGGAUCUACCUCCAGCAAUAGUUCCUGUGGCAGUUCAGAGUACACUGGGGAAGUCAUUCCACACCCACCAGGUCUGGCACGGCAGGACUCUGGCCACUGGUGGUCCAGUGUCUUCUUUGGGAAGCAGAACCAAGCAGGAUUUGAAUCCCAGCAGAAGGCUGGAACCUACACAGUGACAAAUGGUCAGGUGACAUGUGUUGCCCGGGACAUUGUGUUGAAGAGACAAUUGAGUGAAAGCAGUGACUCCGGGAAGGAGCCUGGAUCUCCCCUCCCCUCAUAAACCACCCUCAACCCAAUGCUACACCCUUCACCCCAUCCAGGAGUCACCGUGGGCAGAUGCAGGGGACGGAGGCUCCAUUUUUCUUUUUAUUAGUAAAAACUGUCUGCUUUUAUGUCAAGUUAUAGUGCUCUUUUUUAUUUAUGAACAAAUCAGAGCUGUACAACUAAUGUCUUUCCAGAUGGCUUGAGUGUUUUAGUGUGAACCACUCUGCUACUGGUUGCACUUUGUGAUUAUAAUAUUUGCAUUAAUAAAUGACUGACUGCAGCCCA